UAGGGAAUCACUCUGGUUCUCUGCUCAACCUCGAAGACUCUAGUUCUAAUCUAUAUCCAUCAGAUCCAGAAUGUCGGAGACACCUUUUAGACCCAGGGAGAAGCUUAUGGAGAAGCAGAAGUACUUCCAAAGCAUUAGCAAACACACAUACUUGAAAGGACCCUUUGACAAGGUCACCUCAGUUGCCAUUCCUCUUGCGUUGGCAUCUACCUCUUUGUUUCUCAUUGCACGAGGAGUCUACAAUAUGGCUAAUGGGAUAGGGAAGAAGGAAUGAGAGCUCUCUCCGUGUUUAAGGACUCAUAAGUUUGCCACCUUAGAUCUGAACAUCUUAUGCAUAUGGUUUUAAAUGGAAUUGUUGAAGGUUAUCUGUUUUACAACUUUGAACUUAAAAUUUCCAAACUUCUAGGUCUUUGGUAUCUGUGAUAAAAAAAAUGUUUUAAUCCCAAUUCCCAGCACAUUUGUAAUAUGACUAUGCAUCUUCAUUUUAUCUUCAUGUAAAUGUUUACCGAAAAAGUUUGAAUGUUUGCUAGUGUGAAGACUUUCACUUGG